AUGAAGGAGGUAUCUGAUGCAGAUUCUAAAAUGGUAGAAAUAAGUAAGAAGACACAAGAAGAAGAGCCCCUCAGAUUGGAAGAUCCAAAGUCUGGAGAGGAGCCCACGACCCACCGUUCUAAGGAAGUAUUCCUCAGAAAGCACAGUUAUACUUCACCAGAUUCAACAAGUAUCAAAGAAGACAAAAACUGCGAAACUGAAACUAGCGAAAAUAAAUAUGAAAUAACUGUCAAUAGUGCUAAACUAAAAUCCAAUCCACUUCCCGAUCAAGAAAGCUUAUCUUAUCUUUCUGUCUCCUUACACGGUGAAUGUAGACCUCAGGACACCCAUAAUAAAUGCGAUGGAAAUAUUGGAAUACACUCAGAUAUCUCUCGGCUUUCUGAGGUUUCAUUUGAUUCAGAAUUUAAUUCUGAUUCAAGUGAGGAGUUAUUCGAGGAUGAUAUUAUGCUUAAGAAGAAAAAGAAGAGAGAUUUAGUGAAAACUGAGAGACUUGAAGAUCCCGAGGAAGAGUUUAGGAGACAUUUUCUUAAAACUUUUCAAGAUCUGCCUAGAAUAUCACAGAUCUCUUUGGACGGUGAACCCAAAAAAAAUAAAAGUAAGGAACAAAAUUGGGAAACAGAAAGAAAUGCAGAAGAGAAUCCAAGUAUUUCGAAUGAAAAUAUAGAACAGUUAACCGAAAAUAAUAAUAGUCGUGGUAAAACAUCAAUUUCAACAGAUGUAAAAAAUAAAAAAAUAAGAAUAUUAAUAUUGCAGAAAAUUUUACCGAAGAUCUAA